AAAAGCUACUAAUAUUGAAUAAAUAAUAAUAUUGAAUAAAACUCGCGAAAUUUGCUGGAAAAAUGUUAGCUAGACAUUCAACAAAGCUUACGCGCAUGUCGAAAAUGUGUGCAAAGUUCUGUAGCGCACCUGCGGAGGCAGCAAAAGAAGCGCUAUAUAAUCGUCCAAAAUUGGUAUCAACCGAUUACCGCACAGCAGAGAGCAACACCGACCUGCAUUCUAAAGUGCAUGAAGCCAAAUUCUACACACUUCCGCCUGACGAAAGGAAGCAACUAUUCAGCGGUGGUGGACUUCCACGUCAAUUUGAACAGCAAGUGAAAACAUUCACCGAGGCUUGUCUAAUGGUGCGUCCGGCUGCCUUAGAGCUAAUAAAUUACAUCCGUAACACUAAUUUCAAAAGGCCUGUCGUUCGGUAUGUACUUUACGGUGAUAAUGGUGCUGGUAAAACACUAACCAUGGCACAUGCGUUGCACUAUGGUUUGCAAAACAACUUUCUGCUUGUACAUGUGCCUUGGGUGCCCAAUUGGAUGAAACGUCCGAAAGAGACAGCAAGUGCAUCUUCUCAAGAAGGAUUUAUCGAUUUGCCUUUCGAUGCAGCGGCUUGGUUAGUACAUUUUAAGACUCAAAAUGGCCCACUACUUUCGAAAUUGCAUUUAAAAACCAGUAAAGAUUACGUUUGGAGUAAACGAGAGGCAACACCAGCUGGUUCAACAUUAUUGGAGUUAGUGGAACAUGGUAUUGCGCGCAUUAAGUUUGCAUCCGAGACAGUGGCAGCUUUGUUGUCUGAAUUGAAACAGCACGCCAGUGAAGAACAUUGCAAACUAAUGGUGGCAAUUGACGGUUUCAAUGCGUUUUUCCAUCCUGAGACUCGGAUUUUCGGUGACAACAAACAGAGGAUGACACCAAAUCGUAUAACGUUGACCCAACCCUUCUUGGACAUUACAAAUUUUAACUGGACUAAUGGUGUAUGCAUAUUAACUGUAGAUAAGAUAGGCAUGACCGAAGGCUAUAUGGAGUCGUACAUGCCCCGCUAUCUGCUUGGCAAAGAAGGAUUCGAACAUUUAGACCCAUUUGUACCAGUGCGUGUAGAUAACUACAGCGAGAAAGAGUUCACAACAUGUAUACAGUACUACCUAGAUCGAAAUUGGAUACAGAAAACGCCGGAGGGUUUUGACGAGCAACUCAAAUACCUAAGCAAUAAGAAUCCUUAUACAUUAAUGCAAUUAACACGUUCGUUGUAAAGUUUAUGAAGGAUCUUAAGAAAGGGAAAAUCAAAUAUUGUUAAAUUUGUGUUAAAAAAAAA